CCGGCCCUCGUUGCUGCAUGUUAUAAUGUUCGAAGCCCACGAACAGAACGAACGUUGGACGACAGUCAUUCAGAGCUCGACCAGUGUGCCGUACGUUUCGUGGCUCCUCUCAUCCUCGUGCUACAUCGUGUUCGUUCACAUCCGCCCUCGGUUCCCGGCAUCGCCGAUUAGACUACCUGAGAGCCGUCAAUUAACCAAAACAGGAACUAAAAAUACAGGAAAGAACGAUGCUCUGAAUGUGAUCAUCGCGUUCACAUCGGACAUUUAUUUCCCGAUGAUUUUUCUCUAUGAUGCGCUAAUAGAAAAUAGACAUUAGUGACCAGUGAUAUUUGGAAACACUAGACAUCUCUAAGGGGUUAAAUAGUUUCCUCCGAAUACAUCUGAAUAUUCGGAAGGAUGUCGAAGUCGGGAAGUAUCAAGGAUGGCGAGAAAGGGCCGUACGACCCGGUUCCAAACACCGACAAAGGCAACGAUGAGAUCAAGCUCGAGGCAAAAAUGUCUUUGUUGAAUGGAAUCACCGUGAUCGUCGGCUCCAUUAUUGGUUCUGGCAUAUUCGUUAGCCCGACUGGUGUUCUCAAGUAUACAGGAAGCGUGAACGCGAGUCUUUUGGUGUGGACAGCUUCCGGUAUUUUCUCCACGGUAGGGGCAUACUGUUACGCGGAACUUGGAUGCAUGAUCAGGAAGUCAGGCGCCGAUUACGCAUAUAUUAUGGAAACUUUCGGACCUUUCCUCGCGUUCAUCAGGCUCUGGGUUGAGUGUAUGAUAGUGCGGCCUUGCAGUCAAGCCAUCGUGGCCUUGACUUUCAGCGUUUAUGUGCUGAAGCCGGUGUUUCCAGAUUGUGCUCCACCAGAUGAUGCUACGAGAAUACUUGCAGCCUGUUGCAUCUGUAUUUUGGCGUUUAUUAAUUGUUGGGAUGUAAAAUGGGCAACGAGAGUGCAAGACAUCUUUACAUAUGCAAAAUUACUCGCGCUUUUUAUCAUUAUCUUCACUGGAGCUUAUCAAUUAUUCACCGGACAUACAGAAUAUUUUACGUUCGACAACACGAAGACAGAAGUGACAUCGAUAGCACUUAGCUUUUAUUCGGGAUUGUUCGCUUAUAAUGGCUGGAACUACUUGAAUUUCAUCAUUGAGGAAUUGAAGGAUCCUGUAAAGAAUUUACCAAAAGCUAUUGCAAUCUCGUGUGUCCUUGUUACCACAGUCUAUGUUUUUGCAAACAUGGCAUUUUAUACGACACUGAGUCCGGUGGAAGUUCUUGGCAGUGAAGCUGUCGCUGUUACCUUUGCGAAUCGUUUAUUCGGAAUGUUUGCUUGGACGAUACCAGUAUUUGUCGCUCUUUCCACGUUUGGUGCCGUAAAUGGAAUUCUUCUUACUUCCUCCAGACUUUUUUAUGCUGGCGCUUGCGAGGGUCAAAUGCCUGAAAUAUUGACAAUGAUUCAAAUUUCGAGGCUCACACCUACUCCUGCUGUUCUUUGCAUGACUUUGUUGUCAAUGCUAUACCUUUGUUCUUCAGACAUUUUCGCCCUCAUCAAUUAUGUUGGCUUUGCUACUUGGUUAAGUAUAGGUGUCUCUGUUUUGUGCCUACCAUGGUUGAGAUGGUCUCAGCCGAAUUUGUCUAGACCUAUCAAAGUGAAUCUUUUCUUCCCCAUAAUCUACAUCCUUGCAACUCUCUUUGUAACUAUUGUACCCAUGUACGCCAGUCCUGUGGAAACAGGAUAUGGUUGCUUGAUGAUCUUCUCAUCCAUACCUGUAUAUUUUAUAUUUAUCGCGUGGAAAAAUAAACCAAAAUUCUUCCAGAAAGGAGUCGGCGCCGUUACCAAAACAUUGCAGAAGAUGAUGGUAGUCGUCGGACCAAAGACUAAGUAAGCACCACAAAGUUCCUGCAGAAAAUAAUAUUGGUCGUUGGCAAGUCGAAACCCGCUCAGGUUUAACCGCAUCUAAAACGGAUCCUCAGUCUUCACAACGAUGACUUCUUAUUCCAAGAGAACCAAACAUUGCUCAGAAAGCAAUGUUUUUUAUUUCAAAAAUAUUUUUUCAUAUUUAUCUGGAGAAAAAAAUUUGAAAAAUCUAUGUAGAAUUUGAAAUAAGACUCCAAGU